AGAAUCGCCCUAAAGAUCGCUUGUAUGUCUUUACAUGUAACCUUCUAGUUCAGAAAGAAAGGGGUGGUCAUAUUACUUGAGCGGUCAAGCAUGUGUUCAGCAAGAGCAUUUGCUAUUGGUUUCCCUAUGAAAAUAAGUACUAACUAAUAGUGCUGUAUUCUGGAUACCUCCACUAUGGCUCAAAGAUUCAACAUUUACGUGAGGUUCAACUCCAACUCCAACAUUCCAGUGCUAAUCGACAUGACGUGGAGUAUACGUCAACUUAAGGAGGAGCUGGGUCGACAGCAGAGUGUGGACCCCAGGGGCAUCAGGAUCAUCUUUGCUGGCAGGGAGCUGAAAGAUAGCACCACAUUACAGGACUGUGAGAUUCCUAAUCAGAGCAUCAUCCAUGCCAUCCAUGGAGGGAGACAGACAGUGAAUGUGGAUGCCUCAGCCACUAUGCCUUUAGCCAGCAUCAACCUUAGUGCCGAAAGUGGUGAUCCUAGACCCAUGGCCGCCUCUGCAGGUUCCUCAGCACAUGGUAAGAAGGCCAUGUACUAUGUGUACUGCCGCCAGUGUAAAAGUGCUCAGCCAGGAAAGCUAAGAGUUUGCUGUUCUUCCUGCAAAGAGGGAACUCUGGUUCUCAAACAGGACCCUGGGGGUUGGGAUGAUGUGCUUCAACCUGGAAGAAUCAAGGGCACAUGUCAAAAGGCAGGGUGCAAAGGAGAAACAGCCGAAUUCUUUUUUAAAUGUGCUGCCCACCCUGUAUCUGAGGAUGAGCGUUCUGUACCAUUAUUCCUUAUAAGGACCAACACACGUAAUGUACCAUGCCUAGCUUGUGAGGACAUAGUAGACCCUGUUCUUGUGUUUCCCUGUGAAGUUGGUCACGCCAUAUGUCUGGAUUGUUUCGAAAUCUACUGCACAACUAAACUGAAUGAUCGCCAGUUCAUCCAACAUAGAGACCAUGGAUACACCCUCCCCUGCCCUGGUGACACAGAAAGUUGCAGUGAUGCACUGAUAACAGAGGCUCAUCACUUCAGGGUCUUGGGCCAAGAGCAGUAUGACCGAUAUCAGCGUUUCGGCACUGAGGAGUGCGUCCUUCAGAUGGGCGGUGUCUUGUGCCCAGGUCGAGGGUGUGGCAUGGGGCUCUUUCCCGCGGCAGGAGCCAGAAGUGUUCACUGCCAGGGUGGGUGUAAUCUGACGUUUUGCCGCGAAUGCAAAGGACGGUAUGAAAGGGGACACAAAUGCCAGACACAAACACGACCCUCUACUAGAACGUCUCUUUUAAGCCGGUAUCGUGUAUCUCGAGAAAGCGCGCGCAGGUCAUGUUGGGAGCAGGAAGACCAGGAAGCUCAGGAUCUUAUCCGACGCAUUAGCAAGCCGUGCCCCAAGUGCAACGUGCCAACAGAGAAAAGCGGUGAGUCUGUCACGUGCCAACAGAGAAAAGCGGCGGUUGUAACCACAUGUCCUGCUCGCGAUGUAAAUUUGACUGGUGCUGGCUUUGCGGCAUUCAGUGGAACCCCGAGUGUCAAGGCAACCAUUGGUUCCUUCAAGAACGCUACCGACGGUGAUAAGCUCGUCCCCAUCCAUUGGGCUGGCCGGGGCUUUAGAGACGAUGGUAUCCUCGCAGCCUUAUUCAAUAAUAAAAUGCACUCUCCUAUAAUGUAUUAUCGUCUUCAUUCAAUGGACAGCUACUAAACGCACGUGAUCAGGACGCUCGUGACCAGGUGCCACGUGAUCUGUAAGCACGUGACCAGGACGAACGUGACCAAGACGCUCGUGACCCGGUGCCACGUGACCAGUAAGCACGUGACCAGGACGAACGUGAGCAAGACGCUUGUGACCCGGUGCCACGUGACCAGUAAGCACGUGACCUGGACACACAUGACCAGGAAGCUCGUACCAGGACCCACAUGACCAUGACUGAAAAAUACUAGGAUUUAAUAGCAAGAGGAAAAUAAUAGCUUACGUUAGAUGGCCCCAUGACAAGUAAUCCGGAACCCAUGAAGAAAUGAGACGAAUCCGAAAUCCACAUACUAGGAUCUGGAAUCCAAGACUUAAGCCGGAAUAAAAGAAUCCUGGAAAACAAAAAUGGAAUCCGGAAUCCACGGGAAAAAAACCCACAUGGAAUCCGGAAUCCACACACUAGGCCCCCCGAAUCCAAAAACCUAUUGGGGAACCUGUCAUGUGGCGAGUUUUAGAAACCUUUAGAACCGAUGACCAGAGUUCAAGAAUUUCGUGUGUGCCCGCAAAUCGCCAAAACACUUUUUAAAAUGAAAUAGUUUGUAAAGCUCGUGCGAGUCUCAGUUGUUUGUUAUUGUAGCGAUAAGAACUCUGUAUCCUCCACGACAACACUAAACAUUGUUAGAUAAAAUUAAAAAAAAAAAACAUAGGAAAAUAUAAAAUAAUACAAUCUUUUUUCGUCAUAUCAA